GAUAGGGACAGUAAGGAACCCUGACGGCCGCCUGACCCACCUGCACAGUACAACUGUACAAGACGUGGCGUGACUUCACUUCCAGUCUCUAGCGCUGUUUUCGUGUUUGCUACCGCCGCGGCUUCUGCUUCUCCCCUCCCUAGGGCGGGCGUGAAUACGUGAUCCAUCAUCUCCAUCUCCGUCUGCUGUGGUGUGCUGGUUUGAGAGACUCGACGGCUGGCGAGACGAGACUGAAGGGCACAAAUCUCUCCGCCAUCUGUUAGAUUCCAUCGUAUCCCCCACGUCUUGGCGUCGCUUCGUCGGCUGCGACCUGCGAGAAGCCGGUGCCGCCGCGCCGGUGGACGAAGACGAUCAAGGAUUAGGAACGGCAAGGUCCCUUGCGAUCCGAUCCAAUUCUUCAUUCUUCGAUUCCUUCCUUGGGCGGGCGGCUCCCCUCAGCUUCCUUCCACAUGGCUCGUCGCCCGCCGCCGUCACCCCCUCCCCCGGCGCAAGGGAACGGGAGUGGGAGCGGGAGCCUCACCACCAGAGACGCCCUCGCCUAUCUCAAGGCCGUCAAGGACAAGUUCCAGGAAAAGCGCCACACGUACGAGCAGUUCAUCCAGGUCAUGCGUGAUUUCAAGAGCGACAGGCUCGACAGCACCGGCGUGAUCGCCCGUGUCAAGACCAUCUUCCACGGCUACCCGGACCUAAUCCUCGGAUUCAACGCCUUCCUGCCCAAGGAGCAUGCCAUCAGGCCUCUGGACCUCCGCGAGGACAAGAAGCCCGUCGAUUAUCCCAGGGCCAUCAGCCUUGUCAACAGGAUUAAGAGCCGAUUCCAGCAGGAGGAACAUGUCUACAAGUCAUUCCUGGGGAUCCUCAAUAAGUACCGCAUGCAUAACAAGCCCAUCCAAGAUGUUUACAACGAGGUCACCGCACUGUUACAUGGCCAUCCAGAUUUACUCGAGGAGUUCAGUCAUUUUUUGCCUGAUACGCCCAUGCCUCCUCCGCAGGCAGGCACUACUACUAAAGUUAGGCAUGAUGACAAUAAUGCUAUAAUGCAUUCUGUCACGAGAGCUCAGACAGUCCAGGUGAAUCAACAAAUUAUAGAAUCACCCGUGUUCAAUUCCAAAUCUCAGACAGUCCAGAGGGGGAGAGAUUUUCCAUCAACUGCUGAUUGGGACACCAGUGCUGAUCGCCUUGAUCUUGAGCAUGAUAUUCAAAAAAGUUGUAUUGAGAAGGAGAAAAUUCGUGAUGCCUGCCCACGUCAGCAUAGAAGAGGUUAUAAAAGGAAUGAGAAGAAUGACGAGUAUGAAAAUGAAGAUUUGGAUGUGGAGCAAUGCGGUCACAAAUCACAAAGAAAGAUGGAGGGUACUGGUGAUGAUACACCAGGGGAUGCUACAUUGUCCUCAUUCAAUUGUUCACACGCACAAGAGUUUCAAUUUUGUGAGAAACUAAAGGCACAUCUAGAGCCUGAAGCUUACCAAGAGUUCUUGAAAUGCCUUCACAUAUACAACCAAGAUAUUAUUACAAGAAAUGAACUAAAAAGAUUGGUAAAGGAUAUACUUCAACAUUACCCAGAUCUUGUGAAUGGAUUCAAUGACUUCUUGGGUCACUGUGAAAAUAUAGAUGGUUUUUUGGAAGGAACCUUCAAUAAAAGGCAAACAUCGCGGAUGGUUAGACCUGUGGAAAAAGAGAGAUACAAGGAGAACGAGGGGGAUAGCGAUCCUGAGAAAGAGAGAUACAAGGAAAGCAAAAAUUCUGAAAGAGUAUUGACCUUCAAUUCUAAGGAAGGAGCAGCUCAUGAAGCUAGUACAUUCCCUAGCAAAGAGAAGUAUAACUUAUGCAAACCAAUAUCAGAGCUUGAUCUAUCAAAUUGUCAGCGGUGCACUCCAAGUUACCGACUUUUGCCUAAAAAUUAUCCAGUACCUUCUGCAAGCAACAGGACUGACACUGAAGCUUCCGUGCUGAAUGAUCGCUGGGUAUCGGUGACCUCAGGAAGUGAAGAUUAUUCAUUUAAGCAUAUGCGCAAAAAUCAGUAUGAAGAAAGCUUGUUUAGAUGUGAAGAUGACAUGUUUGAGCUGGACAUGCUGUUGGAAUCUGUUACUGUUGCAAUUGAGCGUGUUGAGAAGUUGGUGGAAAGGAUGGAAGGCAAUUCACUGAAACCAGACAGCUCUAUCUCCCUCGAUGAACAUUUGACUAGUUUGAAUAUGAGGUGCAUUGAGCGGCUAUAUGGUGACCAUGGACUUGAUGUUAUUGAUGUUCUUCGAAAAAAUGUUGGUGUGACAUUACCAGUUAUUUUAACCAGGCUUAAACAAAAGCAGGAGGAGUGGUCAAGGUGCCAGUCAGAUUUUAAUAAAGUUUGGGCUGAGGUAUAUUCAAAAAAUUAUCACAAGUCUCUUGACCAUCGCAGUUUUUAUUUCAAACAACAAGACACAAAGAAUUUGAACACAAAAGCUCUAUUAUCUCAGAUUAAAGAAAUCAGUGAGAAGAAUAGGAAGGGGGAUGAUGUGUUACUUGCUAUUGCUGCUGGGAAUAGGUGGCCACUAGUUGCCAACAUGUCAUUUGUGUAUUUGGAUAUGGACAUUCAUGAAGAUCUUUAUCAGAUCAUCAAAUACUCUUGCGGAGAACUAUGCAAUUCUUCAGAUCAAGUUAACAAAGUGAUGAGGAUCUGGACAACAUUUUUAGAGCCUCUGUUAGGGAUUCAUCAUAGGGCUCAUGGCGCUGAAGAUGCAGAUAUGGUAAAAUCAAAGAGGCGAACUAGAGAAGUUGGUUUGGCAUGUGGCGGGAAAACAAAUAAUGCUGCAGCAAAGGGUGGUAAUGGCUCUAAAAGUGCUGGAGCUGAGUCUGUGGCUGAAUUUAUGGGUAGGAAUGAAACAAUUCCGUCUAUGAAGAGCAUAAAACAUGACAGGAUAACAUCUUUGUAUGGAGUGGGUGUACAUCCAUUUAGUGCAUAUUCGGUGUCCCACAACAAUUUAAGGCCUGAAACAGAAGAGGGUGAAUUAUCUCCUAAUGGUGAUUUCAAAGAGGAACACUUCUGUGUUUUCGAAGAUGAAGCUGUAGAUGGAACUUCUAAACAAAAUGAAGGUUCUACCAGCAGAUCUCCCCAGGGUAGACCUAAGAAUUAUCUCAAGUUUUCAGGCAAGGAUCAUUCAGGUGCAGAAAAUGAAGGUAACAAGAGAGCCCAGAGGUCUGCAGAGGAUAGUGAAAAUGCAUCUGAGGCUGAUGAAGAUAUCUCUGGCAGUGAAUCUGCUGGUGAUGAGGAGUCUUCUCAUGAAGAUCAGGAGGAAGAAGAGGAUGAUAUGGAUCUUGAUACAAAGGCAAAAAAUGACUGCAGAGCAGAGGUAAAUAGGGAGGCACAGGGUUUGGAUGGAGGAACAUCAUUGUCAUUUUCAGAAUGUUUGCAAAGUACAGUUAAACCAAUUUCCAAGUAUGUUUCCACUGCAUUACCAAACCAUGAAAAGAAACUUUCUCACAUAUUUUAUGGAAAUGACUCAUUUUAUGUUCUGUUCAGGCUACAUCAGAUCUUUUAUGAGAGAAUAUUGUCAGCUAAGACAAACUGUUCCACAUCAGACAAUAACUGGAAAGCUUCAAGGCACAUAAAUUCUCCAGAUCAAUAUUCAAGGUUUAUCAGUGCACUAUACAACUUGCUUGAUGGUUCUUCUGACCACACCAAAUUUGAAGAUGACUGCCGCUCCAUCAUUGGGACUCAGUCAUAUGUUCUCUUUACUAUAGAUAAACUGAUAUACAAAAUUGUGAAGCAGCUUCAAGCAUUAGCAUCUGAUGAAAUGGACAACCAGCUUCUCCAGCUUUAUUUAUAUGAAAAGUCGAGGUCUCCUGGGAGCUUCUUUGAUCUGGUUUAUCACGAAAAUGCACGAGCCCUUCUACAUGAUGACAACAUAUACCGUUUUGAAUGUCAUUCUGAUCCUACAGAAUUAACUAUUCAGCUCAUGGAGUAUGGGAAUGAAAAACCUGAGUUGACUGCUGUCUCAUUUGAUCCAACCUUUUCACCGUAUCUUUAUAAUGGUUAUCUGUCAAGUAUUGAUGAUACCAAAUUGGUUGAUGACGUCUUCCUUAGGAGGAAUAAGCGGAAGCAAGGGAGGAAUGAUGACUCCCCUACUUCCUUGAAGAUCAUGGACAAUGUCAUGUUUGCUAAUGGUCUUGAAUGCAAGAUAUCUUGCGAAUCUUCAAAAGUCUCUUAUGUCCUCGAUACUGAGGAUGUCUUAUUUCGUACGAGAAAGAGGAGAAGCUCUAUCUAGUGGAACCAUGCCUGCGCUGCAAAGACAAAUUUUGUGAAAAUUAACACCGUAAAAUCGAUAGUUUCAUUUAUCUCUUCAGACCGUAUAGGGUCUUGUGGUAGAGUUAUGUUAAUUACAAUGGCAUGCACUGGUGGGAUCCUCGUGUUGUUGAUCUGUCACUUCACUGGAAUAUAUUGGUGAUUCUUUGUGUUUUACUCGCUACCAAUUAUAUAUGAGCGUGUAGCAUGGGCGAGUCA